AGUAUCACCUUUUUCUUUAUUUUACGCAUGUACAUGCUGUUUCUUGCUUUGUUUUUAUUUAUUUUUUUAAAUUUCAUUCAUGAAUUCAUCUACGACUUGAGAGCCAAUGCCUCACCAAGCAACCGAGUUGACCCUGACUUUGUCAGUGCGUCUAUACACCACCUAUUACGGCUGUAAGCUGCAGACAGCAUGGCAGCCUCCACAAAGAGCGUUUGUGUUAUAUAGCAGCAUCUCUGUGUUUUCUCAAGGAUUUUUAGCUCUUUCCGUAAAUCUCACUCACUUCUCUGGCAGCAGCGUUGAAAUUGAGCACAACACCUCGUUCGUCAGCUGGCGAAAUUGUGUGCAUCUCACAUGUUGACAAAGAAGCUCCCCCCUCUGCAGAGUUUCUUAGUGCAGGUUUCCAGAAGAGCCAGUCAUGUUGCCCGACAGCAGUAUGACGUUAUUGUUGUCGGUGGCGGACACGCGGGCACCGAGGCGGCGGCAGCAGCAGCCAGAGUGGGAGCUCAGACACUCCUGGUGUCACAGAAAAUACACACCAUUGGUGCCCUAUCCUGUAACCCAUCUCUGGGAGGAGUAGGGAAGGGCCAGCUUGUGAAGGAGAUAGAUGCCCUGGAUGGGGUGUGUGGUCGAGCAGGAGACUGGGCUGGGAUCCAUUUCUCCAUCCUGAAUCGUAGCAAAGGACCUGCUGUGUGGGGCCCAAGGGCCCAGCUGGACCGCCAGCGCUACCGUGAAUUUAUUCAGUCCGAGCUGCUGUCCACUCCCAGGCUGACAGUGUUAGAGGGUUCAGUGGAGGAGCUGCUGGUAACAGAACCAAACCCAGAGGAGCCUGGACAACACAGAGUCACUGGGAUACGUUUAGCAAAUGAAAGCCACCCCAUCUCAGCCAGCUCCGUCAUUCUUACUACUGGUACUUUCCUCUCUGGCUCCCUCUUCAUGGGCCAAACCACAUCUCCCGGGGGGCGGAUUGGAGAUGCCCCGUCGAGUGCUGGACUGUCCCACACACUGAGGGAGAGGCUGGGACUGAGGACAGGCAGGCUGAGGACUGGUACCCCUCCCAGGAUUGUGAAGGAUUCUGUAGACCUUUCCCUGGCUCAGCUUCACCCCCCUGACAGCCAUUCAACUCCGUUCAGCUUCCUUAACACACACACACGCUGCAAGCCGGAGGAGCAGCUGCCUUGCUACCUGACCUAUACUACUCCUGGUGUAGAGAGAGUGGUGAAGGAGAGUCUUCAUCUCAACUGUCACAUACAGCAAGACACCAAGGGUCCCAGGUACUGCCCCUCCAUUGAGUCGCGAGUGCUUCGCUUUCCGGGUCGCAGUCACCGGGUGUGGCUGGAGCCUGAAGGCAUGACCUCUGACCUUUUGUACCCUCAGGGUCUGUCCAUGACCAUGCCCCCUGACGUGCAGCUCCGCCUCAUUAGAGAAAUCCCCGCCAUGCACAGAGCUGAGAUCCACACACCUGGUUAUGGCGUGCAGUAUGACUUUGUGUGUCCCACUCAGCUGAGCCCUGCCCUGCAGGUGAAGAGCACCCAGGGUCUUUUUCUGGCUGGUCAGAUCAACGGAACAACGGGGUACGAGGAGGCUGCUGCACAGGGCCUGUGGGCGGGGGUGAACGCUGCACGCUGGGCGCUCUCCAUGCCUGCAGUGGCGUUGUCUCGGACGGAGAGCUACAUCGGUGUUCUCAUCGACGAUCUGGUGAGUCGGGGCGUCACGGAGCCUUACCGCAUGUUCACCAGCCGGGCAGAGUUUCGAACAACUCUAAGGCCAGACAAUGCUGACCUUCGCCUCACUCUGAAAGGGUUUGAGGAGGUGGGAUGUGUCUCCUCCUUUCGCUAUCAGAAGGCCGUGAGAGUGAGGGACAGUCUGCAGGAUGCACUGGCAGCCCUUCAGUCUCUCGCUCUGUCCCCCUCCAUCUGGAGGAAAAAGAUGCCCGAUAUCCCGAUGAGCGAGACCAAGAACAACGUACCAACUGGUAUGGAUAUCCUGCAGUACAAUGAUGUGUCCUUUGAAACAAUGGCAUCUGCCUUCCCAGAGUGCCUUUCACCUUACAUGGAGUUCUCACAAAGACUCAAAAUAGAGGCUGUGUACAGGCCUCACUCUGAGCAACAGAGGAAAGAGAUUGAGAGAAUUCAAAGGGAGGAGAACAUGUCUCUCCCUCAAGACAUAGACUAUCUCUCUCUGCCGGUGUCUCUGUCUCAAGAAGUCAGAGAGAUUUUGGACAGAGUUCGACCCAGCACUCUCGGAGCUGCUACACGUUUGCAAGGUAUCACUCCAGCUGCAGUCGUCCAUCUUCUCAACUAUGUGCGCCACACGGGACAAAAGGAGAGACGACCGCACAGAUAUCGAACAGACCAAAGGGAGGACGAGGAGCCGCGUGCAAGAAACACAUCUUUACCUCGGUGAAAUGAUGACUCGUAAAAUGUCUUGUAAAAAUGUAAAAGUUUAUUCCUGGAAAUGUACAAAAGAAUAAAUUAAAGCGUUUUACCAUUCUGA